AGGAUGCAGACAUCAUUAUGGAGUUCACGCCUCUGGAGGAUUCUGUGGACCCUUCUCACAUUUUGUGUGCUGCCAAGGAGUGUGCAAAUGUGCAUGAAGACAGCGUGAAAGUGCUUUGUGAUUGGAUGAGCGCACAGGGGAAAGUGAAGCGCAAGUGUGUGUGUGUGUGUGUGUGUGUGUGUGAGAGACGAGAAACUCAUUCUCUUGGCGGGGCUACGGCAGCUGUUUGUUCUUUCAAACCGUAGCCCUUAAAAUUUAAAAAUUGCAUUCCACUACAACACGACGUUGGUUUCAAUUUGAUUAAUUGUGCAGCCCGAGUGCGUAUGCACUGACUUGCCGAACACCGACAGAUGGUAGUCUGCCGAAAGCAGAGGUGUCCAAACCUUUUCCUCCGACUGCCGCAUUCGCAAGUAUCGAAGGAUGCAACGGCUGUUUUGACAUUCUUCUAAUUUAAUCUGUUAAACACAAAACAAAUCCAUCUAGAAAUUGCAAUUUUAUAUACAGAGCCUUUAAAAAAAAAAUUAAUAUCAUGGAAAAGUUUUAUUUCCAUAAUUCCAUUGAAAAAGUUCAACUCUCACAUUAUAGAUUCAGGGCCCACAAUUUAAACAAUUUCAAGUAUUUAUUUGCUUAUUUUUACAUAAUUUGGGCUUCCAACUCAUAAAACUCACAAAAUCAGGAAUUAAAAAAUUAGAAUACUGUGAAAAAUCAGCCCAAAUUUGGCAGGCCAUACAUUUUUUUGAACUGAGUGUCACACACUAAUCAUCUACUAAACUCAAAGCACCUGCACAGGUUUCCCCAGCUGUCAUUAAAUUGCUUCAGUUUGGUUCAGUUGUCUCAGUUGGUUCAAUAUGGGAAAGAUUGCAGACUUGACAACUGGCCAGAAGACCAUCAUUGACACCCUCCACAGGAUGGGUAAGCCACAAAGGUUCACAGCUAAGGAGGCUGGCUGUUCACAGAGUGCUGUGUCCUAGCAUAACAAUGGAAAGUCUAGUGGAGAUACAAAAUGUGGCAUGAGAAGAUGCACCAGCAAAAGAGAUGACCGAAGGCUUCAGCAGAUUAUCAAAGAGAAAAGAUUCAAGAAUUUAGCAGAGAUCCAGAAAGAGUGGAAUGAGGUUGGAGUCACAGCUUCAAAAAAUGCCACAUUCAGAUGCAUCCGGGAGAUGGGCUCUAACUGUCUGGUUCCUCGGGUCAAGCCGCUUCUGAGCCUGAGCCGACGUAGGAAGCGUCUCAACUGGGCCCAGGAGAACAAUGACGGGACUGUCGGCCAGUGGUCCGAGGUCCUCUUUUGUGGGUAAAGUGGGCCUUUCACUCGGGAAUCAAGGUCAAAGGGUUUGGAGGAAGACUGGUGAAGAACAGAACCGAAGCUGCUUGAGGUCCGGUGUGAAAUAUCCACAGUUAGUCAUGAUUUGGGGUGCAAUAUCCCGUGCUGGUGUUGGUAAACUCUACUUUACCAACUCUACCAAGGUCACCGCAACAGUCUACCAGAAUGUUUUAGAGGACUUGCAAAGAGAAACUAUGCAGUAAAGUUAGAAAAACAGUUUAGCGCUAAUGACUUUUUAAAUCAGUCUGGCAUGCAUUACAAUCGCUAACCAAUUACAAGCAACCAAUCCCCCAAGCUGAGAACAAUAGAAGACUAGCCGACGCCUUGAAAACCUUCUACUGCAGAUUUGAAAAGGACACUUUCACACCCCACACCCACCCAGACCACCAUCACACCUCUGACUUCUGCGUUGACCAUCCACGAACAGGAUGUGAGACGCAUCUUCAAACAACAAAAGCGGCAGGCCCAGACCUUGUGUCCCCAUCCUGCCUCAAAGUCUGCACAGACCAGGUUUCUCCAGUCUUCCCAGAGAGUGUUUUUUUUAUUUUUUUUCUCUCUCUCUCUCUCUCUCUCAAUUUUGUUGACUUGUUCGGCGAGCAUUAGCAGUGCAGCGUUCGUGUUAGCUUGAGGCGGAAUGUAAACACCGGCGAGAAUGAAUGAUGCAAACUCACGAGGCGAGUAGAAUGGCUUACAGUUCAAAAACAGCAACUCCAAAUACGGGCUGCAGUGUGUGCUGAGCUCCGUUACGUCCGUACACCAUUUUUUGUUGAUAUAGAAGCAUAUCCCGCCGCCUUUUGUUUUCCCCGAUGAUUCCAUGUCGCGGUCUGCCCGGUGAAGAUGGAAGCCGGGAAGCAUGACUGCGCCAUCGGGUACAGCCACACAAAGCCAAGUCUCCGCAAAGCACAUGGCAGCGGAAUGUCCGAAGUCUUUACUGGUCUUUAUCAGAAGAUGAAGCUCGUCCAUUUUGUUGGGUAGAGAGCGAAGAUUCGCGAGGUGGAUCGACGGAAACGCCAAUCUGUAUCCUCUCUUGCGGAGCUUCACCUGGAUGCCGGCUCGCUUCCCUCUGUGGCGCCGCCUCCGCCUCCAUGUGCCAAAGACCGCAGUUGCUGCUGCGGUGAGUAACUCAGGGAAAAAACUGUGCGGAUUUGCAAAAGUUGGUGAAAGAAACUCCGGAGUAGACUCCUUGAUGGUUAGAAAGUCUCCCCUUGUGUAAGUGAGUCGUGUAAUGUCUCCAAAGACGAACGAAAAACACAAAAACAAAAACAAUACUAGAGAACGCGUAACUGAAGCGUCCACAGGGGUAGGCGCCAUCUUGUCCAUUACAAUCUGCACCAAUCACGACUCUCUCUGUCUGGGAUGCUCAGAACUACUUCAUCGAGCUCCUUCCAGAAUUUCUCUUUCACCUCUACGUCACAUUCUACCUGUGGGGCAUAGCCACUAAUCACAUUAUGCAUAGCACCCUCAAUUUCAAGUUCCAGCCUCGUCCCUCGAUCUGAUACUCUUUUCACCUCCAAGACAUUCUUAGCUAACUCUUCUUUUAAAAUAACCCCGACUCCAUUUCUCUUCCCAUCUACACCAUGGUAAAAUAAUUGAAACCCUGCCCCUAAACUUCUAACCUUACUGCCUUUCCACAUGGUCUCCUGGGCACACAAUAUAUCAACCUUUCUCCUAAUCAUCAUGUCAACCAACUCCUGAGAUUUUCCUGUCAUAGUCCCAACAUUCAAAGUCCCCACAUUCAGUUCUAGGCUGUGUGCUUUCCUCUUCUCUUUCUGUCAAAGAACCCGCUUUCCACCUCUUCUUCGACUUUGACCCACAGUUGCUGAAUUUCCGCCGGCGCCCUGCAAGUUGAUGGCGGCGGUGGCGGACGUUGUUAACCCGGGCCACGACCGAUCCGGUAUGGAAUUCUUUGGAUGAACGCUCAUAUUUGUUUGGCAAAGUUUUAAGCCGGAUGCCCUUCCUGACGCAACCCUCUGCAUUUAUCCGGGCUUGGGACCGGCCUACAGUUUGCACUGGCUUGUGCCCCCCAUAGGGCUGCAUUACGAUGCUGAACAACUACAGCGUUGAAUUCAGGAAUUUGAGUUGGAAAGGUGUCGCUCAGGUCUGAAAAUGAAGAAAAGCAAUACGAAGGUCAUGUUCAAUCGUUACUGUCGACAAAAAGAUGUCAAAAUAGAGGACUGUCCUUGACGCCUUCGACAACUACAUCUAUUUAGGCCAACUUGUAACAAUGGAUCAAAAUACAAGCACGGAAGUUGAAUGCCACAUGAAGCUUGCCUGGCAGGCUUAUGGAAGGCUUAGUGUUAUAUUCAAGAACAAUCUUUCCAUUUGCUUGAAAAGAAAAGUUUUCGAUCAAUGUAUUUUACCAGUCCUCACUGACGGUAGUGAAACUUGGACUACGAAGGCCAUAGUUAUACAAAGACGACGUGUAACAUGGAACGUCAAAUGAUGAAAAUAAGCAUUCAAAUGAUGAAAAUAAGCAUUCGCGACAAGAAAAGAUGCAGUCGGAUAAGACGGCAGACGCGAGUUACCGAUGUCAUUCAAAAAAUAAAAAUCCUUAAAUGGAAAUGGGCGGGCCACGCUUCCCGAAGAACUGACAAAAGGUGGACAACAGAAGCUAUCAAUUGGAUACCAUUGGACACAAAGCGACCACGGCGAAGACAUAAAAGUAGAUGGAUAGAUGAAAUCGGUGUACUCCGGUGUGUUUAAUGGAGGCCUUUAUCCUACAGUGGAUAGAUAAUGGCUGAUGAUAUAUCUAUAUAUAGAUAGAUAUAUACAUAUACAAUAUUCAACUAUCCUACUCACAAUUCUAUUGCAUAAUCAAGUAUUCAGAAUGAUUUUUUUGCUAGGUUAAAGACCAAUUAUACACACGAAAAAAAUAAGCCAUUUCACAUAAAAAUUAAUGACCAUUUUUUUUCUAAAUCUACUCUUUGUAAAAUUCGGAUUGAGUAGCAAACGUUUUUUUGUAUAGAAAUAUUUUCAGUGAGGCAAGACAUAACAUAGAUACAUUUCAGUUUAAAUGUAGCAUUUUUUCUUCUUAGCAUUUUAGUAUAAAAAGCACAUAUGGCAUUCAUUAAAAAAGGCGUAAGGAGCCUGUUGUGCAACUUCACUUGCGCAGUUAAUACUUUAGGAUGUGAUAUAAUACAUUAGGUUUGUGGCUCUGAGUUUAUUAUCUUAUACCAGACUGACUAAAAUGAAGAUGAAAAUGAAGACACCUUGAUAGGAAACAUAAAUAUUAGCUUAAGACCGUUUUUCCACAAACUUUGCCACUCUUUUCACCUGCAGUACUUGACUCAAAAUGUCACUUGCAGAUCUGAUGGUAAUACACUGGCCAUAAUAUACAACUACAGUCGGAGCAAAUUAUUAAUAAUAAAGGUUAUUUUAUAAAAAUUUACUAUAUUAAUAUGCUUUCAACCUUGUAGGCCCCUGUUCUCACUGGGGACGUACGCGAUUACAUUCAAAUUAAUUUCCAGUUUCACGUGUUGUCUGCUCUUUGUGGCUGUGCAUUAUUUUUUCUCCAGUCACUUAUUAAUUUGCCUGCUAUUUUGCUCUUCAAUGUUCGUUACCCUCCGCUAUAAUGCGGUUCCAUUCACACCUAUAUGACAAGGGCCAAAUCACUCAUUUCUUCUUUUUUUUGUCCUGUUCGGCUGUUAGGUCAAGCAGAAUGGAGGAUCUAUAGCCCUUUUAUGCUGGGACAGUUUUACUGUGUUACAGUGGAGUUUGUAAGCUGCCACUGUGGUUUCUUAGUAUUAUAAUGGAUGUUUAUUGAGAAUCAAAGUCGAUCAGCCGAACAGAACAAGGUUUCGAGGGGGGAGUGAGAAAAGACAAAGCACUAACUGUACACAAGAUGAUAAAAGUAAAUCCAUCUAUAUCUAGAACAAUGAGACAUUAGAUAUGAGUGUUGUAUGGGGCAGUCGUGCUACACCCUGUGAGGGAAGGACAGGACAGGAUAGGACAGGAGAGGAAGCAUGCAGGAUAAGUGUCGUGAACCCGGCUGUACAACUGAAGUGUGGUGGGAAUGGCUUUGUUAAUUAUAAACGUCUAUAGGACCAGAGUGUGAGUGACGGCAUACCCAAGGAAUUCGGAUAUUCAUGAGCUAUUUGUCGCAGUAAGUGAGAGGCACACCCAGCGGAAAAGUGCCAGGGGUGUGUUCAUGCGGACACAUGCAAGUGAAUUUACACCGUUUCGCAUGCACAAUGACUGACAGGAGUGUCCUGUAAUUGCUGUGCCUGCACCGCGGUGGCUGAGGACCCCACCCAAUCAAUCAAGAGCCGGAUCGGGCCCAGGAGUCCACCUGAGAGUAGCCCGGCGGACGGGACAUGUCCCACACCAUGGCUAAUAAUAAUUAUUUUUAUUAUUAGCCAUGGGCUGCUAAAACAAACGGUGGCCUGCAAAUGGACCCAGGGCCGUGGUUUGGACAACCUUGGCCAAAAGACUCUGUAGACUUCGUACAGAGCACAUUCCGGUUCUCCAUCCUGGCGCUCUGUGCGUGGACGCCCUCUGGAGUGUGUCGUGUGCCAGCAGGACUCCAGCUCAGUCAUGGAGUGGGUCCAGUGCGGCAUCAGGGCUCCGGGAGAGCGAGGCCAGCAGCUGUUGGAGAGCCAGCAGAGCUAUGAGACUGAGUGGGACCUGAUCAACGCAGUGUCCUUCAAGAAGAAGUCCUGCGUUACUGGAGAGGGUUGCGUGACGGGCGGCCACGAGCGGAGCAGAUGGUCCUUCUCGGUCAGCCUCAGUCAGCUCGCCGCCGUCACCAUACAGGAGGACCGCCGCCACCGCGACGCACCCGCGCUGCUCUUCAUGCUCAAAGGGUCUUCGUCACUGCCUCCUCUGUGCUUCCACCAGGGCGGCAGCAAAGAGCUCCUGGACAGCCUGAGCAGAGUGGCCACGCUCAGCAAGUGCGUAGAGGACGACUCUCAUCUACUGAUCAACUCUUCCAACAAGGUUCUGAAUCAGUCCUUUGAGAACCUGGUGGACGACAACAACUUUGGCCUGGUCCACAAGUUCCGCAGGGAUCCGUACGUGACCACGCUGGGCCGCUUCUCCAAAGUCACCAACUACAUAUGCGACGCCUUCCGGGGGACAGAGGAGCAGCACCGGCGCCCCCCGGAGGAGGUGGCCCAUCUCCUGGGCGAGGUCAUCCCGGUCCUGGAGAUCAACCAGCAGGAGGAGCCGGGCUUCGAGGUUGUCACCAGGUGUGCACACCAGGUGGAGCUCGGGACGCGGCCGCAGGUAUGGCGAAGCGCGCCCGUGUCUGCGGAUGUGUGGAAUGGACAUCAGGACCAGGACGGGCGCUUGAUGCACAUCAGUAGGCUCAAAGAGUCCAUCUUCAGGGGGGGUUUGUGUCAUGCGGUGAGGAAAGAAGCCUGGAAGUUUCUUUUGGGGUACUUUCCCUGGAACAGCACGUUGGACCAGAGGAAAAGUCUGCAGAGAAGCAAAACGGACGAAUAUUUCCGCAUGAAGUUGCAGUGGAAGUCAGUGAGCGAGGAGCAGGAGAGAAGGAAUUCGCGACUUCGAGACUACAGGAGUCUGAUCGAGAAGGACGUCAACCGGACAGACAGAAGCAAUCGGUUCUACGAGGGGAUGGACAACCCGGGUCUGGUCCUCCUGCACGACAUCCUCUUGACUUACUGCAUGUACGACUUCGACCUGGGAUACGUGCAAGGAAUGAGCGACCUGCUGUCGCCAAUCGUCUUUGUCAUGGAGAACGAGGUGGAUGCUUUCUGGUGUUUUGUCUCCUUCAUGGACCACAUGCACCAGAACUUUGAGGAGCAGAUGCAGGGGAUGAAGACUCAGCUUAUCAAGCUUCGUACUCUGCUCAGGCUGCUGGAUCCAUCCUUCUGCAACUAUCUCGAAUCUCAGGAUUCUGGUUAUCUUUAUUUCUGCUUCCGCUGGCUGCUCAUCCACUUCAAGAGAGAGUUCUCCUUCCAUGACGUCCUCAGGCUGUGGGAGGUGAUGUGGACCGGCCUGCCCUGUCAGAACUUCCAUCUUCUGCUCUGCUGCGCCAUCUUGGACUCUGAGAAGAGCAAAAUAAUGGAGGAGAAGUUUGGCUUCAAUGAGAUCCUCAAACACGUGAACGAGCUCUCCAUGAAGCUGGAUGUUGAAGAAAUCCUUCAGAAGGCAGAAAGCAUCUGGCUGCAGAUCAGCAAGUGUCAGGGCCUGCCUCAGUCUGUGGUCAAGAUAAUGGCGUUGGACUCAGAAUCUCGCGGUAGCUGCGACUUGAGCGGGCGCCCAGAGACGUCCGCAGUGUCGUCGUCAUCCGUGGUGGGAGUGUUGCAUCGAGAGGAACGCGCCUGCGCCAACUCCAACGGACACUUGAGAGCCAUGGACUGUCAGCAUCUCAGCGAAGUUGCCUUCAUGUCGUAGCCAAGAUUCUUAUUUUUCUACCACGUGCACGUUUGUCCUCUGUGACGCUGGACAGGAAGUCGCCAGGACCAGUUUUUGAAGGAAAAGACAUUUUUGUUUUGUUUUGUUUUUUUAGCACGCGGGUCGUCAUCGUCGUAUUCACACCAGAUGUAAACAUACGAUAUAUCUUCGACUGGUUUGACGCAUAAAAACCCUUUUCUUCUA